AUGCGGUGGCUUUUAACGCUGCUGAUCCUGGGCUGGCCGCCGUCGGCGGUGCCGCAGAUCAACCAGAACAUCGGCCAGCCGCCGCAGAAUCCCACCAUCAACCAGGUGGCCCCGGGGCAGAUCUUCUCCGGCACAGGAAACAACGCUUAUUAUGGAGGUGAGAUCUCACGAAGAAGGGCAUAGAAAUUAGUUCAAAAAAGCUGUUUGAAGCCAUGGUAAGGUUUGAGAGAGGGGAUUUCUCUAGUGACGGCUCAAGUCAGGCUCCAAGGAGCUGUUCGCUGCGGGGAGUACUUUUAGAAAAUUGCCAUUGUUUGUGGUUGAUUAUUUAUUCGAUUUACUGUUAAUUCGGGAUCUCAAAAUUUUUUCGAAAGGUUCUUCUGAUGAUAUUAUUUUCAGAAGAAGUGUUACUUUUUUCUAGGUUCUGAUCUGGAGGUUUUCAAAGAGUGGCUUGUAAUGACCUUCGGGACGUGAAUAAAUGAAUAGUAUCGUUAGUUCAGAUCACAGAGAGGUUUCAUCGGUGAAUCUGACUCCUAUCACCUUUUUUUUUGAAGUUUAAUAGUUUGUUUCAGACUUCAUAAAUGUUUCAAGCAGAUAGAACUAAUAUAUGAAACAGGUGUUCAAAAGGUUUAAUGGUUUCUCGAAGUCAAAUUUUCACUUUAGCGGUGCUAGGACUGGCUUUAUAAUUGUUCGACAAGCAGCUCUGAUUCGUUAGAUGUAUUUGAUUCAGAAAUUCUGUUGUUCAGGCAUUCCCUGUUUCAGAAAAAUGGUUGAUACAACUAACUGAAGCUCGAAAAUUCACUUUAAACGAUUAUUUUUUCCUGAUCAGCUAAAAUCAGUAUGAAUCAGUGACGCUUUUCUCGCCUUAAACCUCUUAGAAAUGUUGCCAGCAGCCACCCCUCCUGUCAGUAAUUCGACCCAUUCUUUCUACUCGCUCUAUGCAAUGGACCGAGAGCAGAACGUCGUAUAUGUUUGCAUUGUUGCUUGGAGCAGUUAUGAACUGCUCUGCGGCGGGUUCCACUGGGAGAGGAGGGACCUUCGUUCUGGUCGAGUGGACGUCGCCGCCACGACAAACAACCCUCCCGGCCAAACCGUUUCUUCCUCCUUUUCUGACCUUUGUACAGUUUUUUACAAGUUCGGAGAGAGGUUGAGAGCGGCUGGAGAGUUCAGGCGUACCCAUGAAUGGAGCUGAGAGCGGUUAAGAAUUUUUGGUCUUCAAACCUUCGCUUUGUUGAGGGGUUCCAAUGAAUGUCAAAAAGAAAAGGAUACUUCUAGAAUAAACUUUUAUUGCAAGGUUUUCAAGAAUCCAAAGAUGACUGGAAAUAUCGGUCGCUGUAGAUCUUUGUGAGUGGAAUCCAUUUUUCAGAUGGAAAUUGAACUGCGAGAUAAAAUAGUGUCUCUCUUUUUGAGCUCAAUUCAUUUUUCGUUAGACCUACUAAAGCUUUUUAGGCUUUUUCUAUGAGAAAUAAUCCUCAAGAUCCCAGUCAUUAUAAGAGAAUAAAGCAGAGCCUUCCAAAAUUGAAGGGAAGAAAAAUGGUUAUAACUUUUUUUCAAAAAGAGCUUCUUUCCAAAAACUAUCAGCACAAGUAGCCGACGUUUGUCGAUUGUGGCCGAAGAUCUUAUAAGCUGACUGUUUUUGGUGGAUGCCUUUGGAAGGCCUUGUCAAGGUCCUUAAGCUCUUAAGUAGCCGCCGUGUUUGCUCUGAAGGGAGACUCGAGCUGUUCCUUUCCCUGGUGAACACCUUUGACUGUACGAGCUGCUGGAGCACGACCACAGGGGAUUGGGGAAGAAAAAACUGGUAACAAAGAGAAACUUAGGGGAAAAUGUAAAAGCUCAUUUUAUGUUGUUUGAGAUGACGUUUUUUAUUCUAAAAUAGCAAAACUACAGUGUUUAUUUCUCAAAUAAUUGAGCAUAGAAAAGCAGAAGCACGGGACGAAUUCGGAAAAAAAAACGGAAAAAGAGAUUUUCUGAAGGAUUUUCAUCUUGCACUUCAAUUUUUCAUUUCAAUAUUUUUCAGUGAACCUUGUGCCUUUCGGACCUGAGGUCGGUGACCUCAAGGUCAAUCCGUCGAUGCUCACCGCCGGAAUGACGAUCGACUUGCACAUGUUCUUCCCCUUCUACGGAGGACUUUACAAUUACACCACGGUUAGGUUUUAACCUAGAACACAUGCAAAAUUGUAGAACAUUCAGUGAAAAUAGGUUGACUACUUCAGAAAUCUGUCAUGGUUUAUCUUGAAUUUUGCCAUAUUUUUUUUAUUAUAAGCUUUUUAUGAAGCAAAUUUGUGUAGCCUUUCAAUAACAGGUGAUAAUGAAAUUUGGAGGAAAGUACCAUUGAGGUCAAAAAUUGACGAAAAGUCUUUGAAGAAAAAAUUACCUGUGAAAUUUCAGUUAUCCGUGAAUGGUUACAUGGGCUUUGCAACGGUCUUGGAUCAAGGCCCCACGAUCAACAUCGGACCGGAAUCAACAGAUUGGCCGCGACAAGAAGAUCCAGCCAUGAUUGCUCCGUACCUCUGCAAACAACAGGUUUUUACCAUUAAAAAAACAAUUCGAAAAUUUCAAAAUGAUGAUUUAGAUCCCACAAACCGGAAACCCAGCAAGAAGAGCUGGUGUUUAUUAUCGACUGAUCCUGCGACAAUCGCUUUUCGGGCGGGAAAGUAAUUCGAAUCUCAACGUCGGCACAGUUCAAGGCAGCAGCUUUUUUGGACAGCCAGCUAACUUGGUUUGUCAUGGGAAAAAAAAAUUUCGUAAUUUCAAAAAGGGAAAAAAAAUCUGAGUUUAUCACGCACUUUUGGCGUAAACACGCUUUUGUGCACUAAUACGUGCUACAGUACUCCUCUUGUGAAAGAUUUUGGGUUUUUUCUCUGUUUUGUUUUUUCGAAUUUUUUCCACUUAUUCGAACUUACUGUUGUAGGCUUGUCCUGGAACUGCCGAUUCCUACGUUCGAUGCGACCAGAACAGCGAUUAUUUCCUCGAUCAAAUGAUGAUUUGGCUUCAAGGUUUCGUGUCUCACUGUUUUAAACGAUAAAUAUGAAGUUCAGAGGGAGUGGCUGGAGCUUCUAUGUUCCGUGCUGACGCUGCCGUCGUCGUCACCUGGUACAACACGGCUUCGGCCAUUUCCGGUCGGUCUGACAUCGACGCCGGACAAACUGGAACUUACCAGGUUGAAAAGAAUCAAUAACUUGUAACAGUUAUUUAUUUACAGGCGAUUUGGUUGACUGAUCAGGCCGCCCGUCUUUCCUAUGUCAUUUUGAACUACGAUCGGCUUGGAUUCGACGCCCAGGACUUCAGGGCUAACUCGAGGAGUGGUCGCUGUAGGGUUGGUUCCUAGUGCUCAUUUAAGCAAGGAUAUAACGUUUUGAAGCACAAUUUUUUCCUUUGGAGCCUUUAAAUUUUCUCAAACCACCUUGCCGUUUUCCCCUUAUUAUGAAAAAAAUUGGGUUAGGGAGCUGUUUGAGCUGAAAUUUUUUUGGAAGCCUUUGAAUAUCAGUUGUUUUUACAUGAGUCAAAAUUUGAGAAAAUAUUCAAUUUUCACCAAUUCUUCAGGCCGUAUUCAACGGGGGUAACCACACUGGAACCGUCGAAGUUGAUCCGACUCAACCUUACAAAAAUACGCCGAAGGUGUUUAUUUUUGAAAAAAUUAAUGAAAUCAAGAGAUAUCCCAGGUUCUCGCACAAAGAUCCGGAGUGCCUCAUAUGGUCCGUGGUCGUUACAUGUUCCGUGUGGAUGACGUCGUCCGACCAGCCGGCUGCAGUAAUAAAACUGGAGGCACAUGUGAGUGUGAAUUGAUAGCCUCGAAAUAUUGAGAAAGUUUGCUCUGUGGAGAAAUUUUCGAGUUUUGAAAGGUGUUUGAGGUGCAACUUCCGAUCCCAGGAAGGAUAAUGUAAAAAAAUAGCUCGUGAAGACUGAAGACAUGAUGAAGUUUUCUGUGACCGUGAUUUUAAAAAAUAAUAACAGAAACUAAAACUGGCUUCCUCCGAAAAAUGGGAAACUUCAGAUCCGAUCAUGAUCUACCCGAACAUCGUGAACAUGCUGGGCGAAAUGACGGUCGACGUCAACGGAAUGUGUCUCGACCGAGCCCAGACCUACAUUCUCAUGAUUGAGGAGCGUGAGGUUUUUCGGAAUGCCUAGAUCUUCAACUGAAGCUGUACUUCUCAGGUGGCAACUUGCCAAGUCAUCAACUCAGCCAUCGCCCGAUGCAGUUUGCCGAAGAUUUACGAUUGGGGCACGAAAACCGUCUACUUCCAGCCCCAGUCCAGAGGCGCCAACGAUGAAAAAGCCUUUGUCGGAUAUAUCUAUUUUGGUUAGUAUGGAAAGGUCGAAAAUGGAAGUAGAUCAGUAUUUGGAAUAUAUUGAUGUUGAAAGAGAUUAUAGGUGCUUGAAAAUCGUCUGUAUGAGGAACAGCUCCAAAAUAGCCUUUAGAAAAAGGCGGAAAGUCUUUUGUAAAGUUGAGGGCGGUUGACUUCGGGUUCUUCUGAAUUGAGCACAUUUGUCCGUUCAUUUUCGCCCUAGUUUUAAAAAUGAUUUCCGAUUUUUUCUUUCAAGUACUUGGGAAACCAGUUGCAAGACUCAGUAGAGAAUAGUUUGCAUAAAAACUGCAGAAAGUGUGGAGUUUUUGUAGGUAAUCUGAAAAAAUAUAGAAUUUAUGAGCUUUUCACAUGUCAGAAUUUUUUUUCAACUCUUCAAACUCAGUCCAGAGGGUUUGGUUCAAGAUUUUAAUCAGAGGCUUUACUUCAAAAAUUUCUUAUUUCAUUCAUUAAUUUUCAGUACCGCCAACGUUAGAUCCGAUGCGUCUCGACAUAGGAAACAUAUACGAAUGGUACAAGAAUCCGAUGACAAAUUAUGUGAGUUUAUAUUCUUCAAAUAGGCUCUGAAAGGUUUCAGAAUUCUGGAAAACAUUUUUAAGUCUGUAAAGGGGACUUUCUCUAUUUUUUGUUCAAAAUUUGAAAAAAGUAGUGAGUCCGGUUUUCUUUUUUUUCAAAUCAGCCUGAAUCUAAACUUCGCAGAACAAGUCUCUGUCUGCUCUCAUUUUUUCGGAUUUUGUCGGAUUUUGCUGUCUUAUCAAAAAGUAUGAAUUUGCAGCUGAUGCCAAUAGCCUGGUACCCUCGAAACUUCACCAAUCCCGACCUCAUCAACAGCGGAAACAACAUGGGAAUCCGGAUUUCCGACGAUUCGAUGUACAGCGUCCAGCUGGGCCUGUACAUCGUCGGCUACCGCGAAUACAAAGACGACGAGAUCAAGAAGUUCCGUCCCGAGUACCGGACUCUCGCCAGGAUCACCACCUUCAGCAACCAGGCCAACAUCAACUAUCGGUGGAUGCCCCAGGAGGAGGUCAUCAACACCAAUCAGGUUGGUUCGGAAAUGGUUUUUUUUUGAUGAAUCGAGAAAUUUUAUGGUUUUAUGUAUUUUACAAAAUAAUUAGAUUCUUUCAAUUUCUUUCAUCGAAUCGUCGGAAAUCCGGAUUCUCAAAUCAAUUUUUCAAGGUCCAACAAUGGUACAUGACGGAUUGGGAACGUAUGCACCUCUUAUACACGUAUCGCGUCGGAUUUUUCAAAUUGGCGCCAAUAAAUUCAAACGACAUGAACGGAACUCAUUUGUUACCAGGGUGAGAUAAUCAACCCAUAUUCUCCGAAAAAAGUAAUUUUUAUGCUUUUAGACUGGUUUCUGCACCAAUUUCCUUACAUUGGUUAUGGACUCCGGACACUCAACAAUUUAACGCGAUUACUUUGAAUCAACAAGGUUUGAAUGAAAAUAAAUAUGUUGAGAAGAAAAUCAAUGUUUCUGUUAAGAUCGCGACAAUCGACAGGAUUUCGUGCAGAAAAAAUCCAGGGAAAUGUGUCAUGAUUGGUGAGUGAUUUUCCAAUGGCUUUAUAGACUUGAAUAUGUUUUGUCUUUCUGUUGGUAAUUGCUGGAAAUCGAAUUUAUUUUGUAAGGUCAUAAAGAAUAAUAAUAUACUAAUCGAAUAAAAAUCCAAAAAAAAGAUACGCAGCAGGUGAGAAGAGCCCUUAAGAUGAGCAAUGAUGAGCCAAAAUUCACGGUACACUGAUAAAAGAAUUAGGAAAAGUUGAUGCUUUUUUUGUUUUUCUUUUGUUUUUUUUAUCUUUAUAGAAGUGAAAUUCGAGCUGUUGAUUUCUUUUUUGUUAAAUACGGACCCAAAAAACUUCAGUUUUUUUUUUCAUAAAAAAAUAGAUCUUGGGAGAACAAAAUCUUUUUACUUGUAUGGUUUUUAUCUUCACUUUCGUUCUAUUUUUUUCAAAGUUCACCUGUUUCUUUCCUUUCAAAAAGUUUUCAGCUACCUUUGAAAGAGGGUGGGCCCAUUUCGUUCCUAUAAAAAUGAUAAAUAAGUGAUCGAAUAAGAAUCCAAAAUCAGGUACGACGAAGACGGCGCCUUGUUCAACUUCAUCCGCGACACCGAAACCAACACUUCCUGUCCUUGUGUGGAGACGCAGGCCUUACUGGACAUCGGUCGGUUCAUGCCGCAUCCCAGAUGUUCUCAGGUCUUACUAUCCCCUGCCAUGAUAAUUGACAAACUAAUAUGAUCAGAUGUUCCGUGAUAUAACCUGUACAACGGUGAUCGGCUCGAGGAACUGCUACAUGUCGGCGUCGAAUAUCUACGGCAGCUAUGCUGGAAACGGCAAUACCUUCCAGAAUAUGGACACUACGUUUGUUAAAAUGCAAAGAAAAUAUCUAUAUGAAAGUAUCUGUUAGACGGUUCAUGACUCACUACGGCCAAGUUUGCUGCUACGACGAGGCCGGCUUCUUGAUGCAGACUCCGUAUCAACCGGUCAUCAAGACCCAGAAGGACUACUUCUACAAUCCUGGCUAUCCACUCAGAGCCUACGAAUUCGGAACUCCGCCUUACAUGGGACAGUUUGAGGUGGGUAAUUUGAACACAGCUUCGAAAAAACUUUUGAUUUUUUAAUAUUGUUUUAGGUUUACUUUUUCAUUCUUUUUAAGAUUUUUGGGUUGAAUUAGUUCUCAUCAGAAAAAGCUGGUCUAGCACUUGAAAAUGAAGGCUUGAAAUGAGGUCUUACUGAAACUUGGACAAAGCUUUGAGUAGACUUCUGAUUCUUCAUCAUUUUCCAAAGAAAAACUGAGGCUAAACGGGGCGUUACUCAAGCUUCUAGGUUCAUUCAAUACUUUUUGAAAAUUGCUUUUUUUUUUUGGUUGGAAAACGUCAAAUUCUGUUUGAUCUGAAUCGUUUUUCGUUCUCCUUCUUUGAAAAUUCUCAAAAAAUUUAUUUUCAUAGAACUUUACAGGCAGAAGACAUGCAGUCUUACCUAACUGUAAGUAUGUCGAAUCUCACAUGCAUAUUUUUCAUUCUUUUUUUCUGUGUAAUGUCAAAGUCCACACGCUCAAGCAUUGCUUUUUUCGGGUUUCGCGCUGGGUUGAAUGACGGUAUUCAGCACAAAGUUUUCAUGUGAAUCUCAUCCUUUCACGACCUGAAAACAAGCUUUUCAGGUGCCCGGCCUGUCCGUCUUCCACCACGACUACAUGCCCUACUUCCUCUGCUGCAAGUUCGCCGAUUUCCGUUGCCAAAUGUUCUAUUGGCGAAGGCCCAGCUCCGCUUGUCAGCAAUAUCAACCGGCGGCCACUGGUUGGGAUCGACUGACUCAUUUUGGCAGUUUCAUAAAUGUUUCUCAGGCCAAGCCUCUGGUACCGGCGUUUUCCACACCAUCGACAACGACAAAUUCAUCUUCAAUGAGCCCGGCGUUUACAACUUGCUGUACGUGCCGAAGUCGGUCAGAACGCCGGAAGUGCGGGUUCAAAUCCGAAUGGAGAGAUAUCCCAACAGGAAGGUCGACUUCGGCCUUCUGGGAAGGUAUAUCCCGCAGUCGGAGCUCGUCCAGCCGACCAACGCCACCGUCAUCACCGGUGAGGAGUUUGACGAUUCUAUUUUUGUUUGUUUGGGAGAAAGGUCUUUGGAAAGUAAAGGUUGAGAAAAAAAGUUCACCUCUAGAAGUUUCUUCUUUCAGCUUCCGGAAUCUAUAAGAGAAAUAAAAUUUGAAAUUAUUUCCAGGAAUUGCUCUGGAAGCGACUGGAACAGACCGAGUCGUCGUCCAGACCAGAAAAGACACUCGCCGAUUCCGCUACCGUACCAAUAUUAUCAUCGGAAACAUCCUUCGUUACUUUGAUACUAUCCGAUUGCAAAGAUUCAAAGGUGAACCCAGAAAUGUCCUCCGAAUUCAAAAAAUGAUUCCCUCAGGCGUUCUCGUCUACGUGAACAACGUCGAGCGAGGUCAGCCGGAAAUCUACGUCGUUCUGGAAGAAGCUCAAAUCGGCAUCAAAGUCACCGAAAGCUACGCCUUGGAUAUCGAUCGGCUGCCAAAUUACCAGGAGAGUAUGGGAAUCCUCGACAUUCUGCUCUCCGUCCCGCCGCAGUAUGGAGUGGUGAGUCCAUUUUUAUCGAUUUGACUAUUAAAAUUUUCGAAUUUUUAAAAUUGUUUUUUGAAUGCUGUUCAAAUUUAAUUUUUUUUUUUCGGAAUCUUUCACAAGUUUAUCUCUAGAAAAAAAGCUUUUUUUCCUCACAUUUUUUUAAUCAAUCUUUUUCAGCGACCUGACGGCGACAAGACUCUGGAGUUGCAAUUCAGACAGCUCUACAACUUGCCCAGGAUCAGCGGCUUGAUGCGGCCUUUCCCCGACCAAUCGAGCGGAGCUCUCAACCUGGGACUCACCUUGAACGACGUCAACUCGGAAACCUACCGACAACAGAUCAUCGCCAACUGUUUGAGAUUCCUUCGCUGAACCCGAAGAAGAUGAUUAUUCAGACAUGGUGCUGGGAACUGGAGAGGCGACGCCGCAGCAGAACACGGCCGGAACCUUGAACCAGGGAAUGCCGCAGGACAACAUGUUCACGACGUCCAAGGACGAGGACAAGAAGUUCGACGUGUUCCCCGAGGCGAUCAUGCGCUCCGAGGCCGUCUACAAGAUGGCUCCCGUUUAUGAUACGUGAGUCGAAUUUUUUCGGAUCAAAAAGAAAACUUCUGAUUUGAAAUGUUGACGGUUUUGUUUCAUUGAAGCGCUGUCUGUUUGAUUAUAAAAAUUUUGAGCAUCGACGAAAAAUAUGUUUUUCUUAAUAAGGAGUAAUCUCAACAUAGUGAAGUUAUGUGACGUCGAGAGUGCGAUUCUCGAAUUUUUCUGAUUAUAAAGAUUCGAAUAAACUUUGAAUAAAUCAAGUAUUUUGUUUUAUUGCAGUCUAUUAAGGCUUAUUUUGGUUUCAGAUGACAAAUUUUCAAUUUAUAAGUUACGAUAUUGCACAUAUAGGAAAUAUAAAGUCUUUACAAAUUUUUCUCAAAAGUUGAUUGCAGCGGGCCGUACCGAUUCGUGCCCCAAACUGGCGCGAUGAUCAUCCAGCUUCUCAAUACGUGUCGCGAUUUGCAGAACAACCCAGCUAGUUGGUUUUUUCUUCUCUUUUCAAAACUGCUUUCCCGAUCUCUCUAAGAAAUAAUAAAAUAAUGAAUGAGUUUGCAGCCGACCUGCAGCCUUACCAGAGCAUGGCCAAUCUGAACUACGGAAUGCUGUGUCCAGACGAUCCUGGCGCGAUUCUGACCGAAUGCGGUGACAGUAUCCCUUGCCUCUAUGAUUAUGCUCUACUUAACUCGAAGGUUCGAAAUUCAUGCCUUUCAGAUUAAAAAUGAAGUUUUUCAGACGAUGGCGUUGGAAGAGCAAGACGCGUGGAACAGUUUCUCGGCGGAGCGAGUUGAAGCCAUUCGCCAAUGUUUGUAGAGAGAUAUACUUUUCAGAAAACUUAAGAAAAAACGAUGAAUUAGAGUGACUCGUUACCGUAGUGAGAAUAUUCUGAAGUUUUUGGGAAAUUGAUUCGCAAAGACGUGAAGAUUUUCACACCAAGAAAAAAAAAUCGAAGUGAAAAAGUAAUUUUUUUUUGUUCAAAUAAGUGAUUGUACUUGAACUAGACUCAAUUUUGCAGACAACAGCUGCGGCGCGAUCAACAUCGAAUACCCCGAGUACAUGAUGAAGACGCCGGCCCUCGCUUCGGGAUAUCUUCAGGGCGACGUCGCCCGCUUCGAAUGCUACCAGUCUCACUGGGUGAAAGGCGAUCAUGAGUACAAAUGUAGGUUCUAAAUAAUAUCUGGAGGACCGAAAUUGAACCAGAACAAAGCUCAGAAACGUUCUGAAAUGAAUGAUAUAGAGAAAGAAGUUUCCAAAAAUCGCCCAUAGUAAAUUUCAAAAACGACCUCUUGCUCCAGGCGGCCUUGUCGUCGACUACAACUACCCCAACUCGUACCGCUUCGAAUGGAAUAAAGGAUCGCAGCCGUGGUGUCGGUCGCGCAUCAAGGAGAACUACUUCAAGUGGCUCGCCGUCAUUUUCGGCAUCGUCGGAAUCAUUAUCGCCAUCAUCUUGGUGUUCACGCUUUGUUGGUGUAUCAAACAGCGGCGGCUGCAGGACAGCAGAACUUACGGCGGCGCCGCAGCUUAUCAGAACACGGUUAGUAUCAAUUCUGAUUUUCGGAAAAAGCUAAGUGAGUACCAUUUUUGUGAUUUUCUGUUUUCUCCGCUGUUUUGCAAAAAAAAAAUUUUCAACAGAAAACUGACACUUUCAUGGUUAACUUAGAAGUUUCUUAACUGGUAAUAUUCAAAUAUUUUAGGAACAAACUCUGAAGUUUUUUAACGCUGGUUUGAUUAAGCUUGACCUCUAUUUUAAAAAAAGAUGAAAAUUUCUGAGGAAAUCACUGUUUUAUCGAAAAUCCGGAAAAACACUUUCAAACUAAAUGUUUGAAGUAGCCCUAUUGAUUAUUUUUUGUUCAGAUUAUAAUUUUAAUGCUUUUUACAAAAUUGUCUCCAGGCCUACGAAACGAAACCGCGAACGGCGUCGCUGGGCGACCUGUCGACAGUGCCGCGAACGACAGUAGAUCCGACGAUCCUGUACCCAGCGACGCAACGAGCAACGCCGGCGACGUUGGAACCGGCGCGAAUGACGCCGGCAACAGACUUGCGCGGCUCCCAACAACAGCCGGGCGGUCUGAUGGGCUUGAACACCAGUGUCUAG